AUGGACAACCUGCCUGCGACCAUCUCUGCGGCAUGCUCGGUCGCCCUCGACGGCAACCCGGCCAUCCCGCAGGAGCAGCGACACCAGGCGUACACCUUUCUCCAGCAGGUCAAGGAUGCCGCGUCCGAGACCUGGCAGGCGUGCUGGAAGCUCUUUCUCGACGGGCGAAACGAAGGCAAGACUGGUGGGACGGGGCUCAGUCCAGAAGCGCGCAUGUUUGCGGUCCAGGUCGUCGGAGAAGCACUACCCUCGCUCACGCCUGAGGCGCUCGCCAUGCUGCAGUCCAGCCUGUUUGACUACUUCUCGAUCGAGUUCGUCAACGGACCUGCAGAAAACGGGGUUGUCUUCUUGAAGAACGCGAUCGUCCAUCUCGCCGCCGCCAUUUUCGUCCACGCCUACCCCGCCGUCUCGCCCACCUUCUUCACCACUCUUCUCGCUUACACCCGCUCUUACCCUUCUUCCGUCCCCGUUCCGUCGACGUCGUCCGGUACUCCGCCUCUCAACCCUCAAACCGCCGACCUCUUCCUGCGCAUCCUGCAUGAAGUCUCGCUCGAGAUCUCGGACGCCCACCUGCGACUCAACAAGACGUCUCAGCGGCUAAACAAGGACACGGAGCUCAGGGAUGCGGUGCGAGAACGGGAUGCGCCGGCAAUCGCGGAAGCGAUUUGGGCCAUCAUCAGCGAAGCGUUGGAAGGGAUGGACCAGCCCGAUCAGUCCGCAUCCACUCCCAAAGUCGGGCUGAAAGGCAAGUCUGCGCGGGAUGUUGCGGAGCUGGCGGUUCGUGCGGCAGGCGACUACGUCUCGUGGAUCGACAUCAACCUCAUGGUCACGCCUACGACUAUCGGCCUCCUCCUCCGCUGCGUCAACCUCCCUUCUCCUCUCGUCAUCUCCGUCCGUUCCGCCACGACCGACGCGCUCAUCGAGACCGUCUCGAAGGGCAUGCCUGCCUCCGACAAGCUCAAGCUCUUCGAGGUGCUCGACCUCGGGACAGUCUUGUCUGCGCUGGUUGAUGUCGGACGAGAAGGUGGCCGGAAAGAGGCGGAGACGGAGCAGAUCGAGCUGUUCAGGGAGAAGCUGGCGAAGUUGCUGAACGGUGUCGGAACGGAGCUAUGCAAGAUCAUCGACGACUCCUCCAGCACCGCCGACGCCAAGGUCACCGCUUCCAAUAUGGCGACUUCCCUCCUCCCCCUCCUUCUCCGCUUCCUCGUCGACCCUCGAGACGACACCUCGAUCGCGGUCAACGCUUUCGCAACCGCCAUCCUUUCCGUCUACAAGAAGGAGAAGAAGCGCGCCGGCGCCGGCGCAGGUCUCCCCGACCCGACCAUGACCGACUCGAAACGCGCAUUCUUGACCGAGCUAUUGAAGGGCACGGUCGAGAAGAUGUCGUACAAGGAGGACCAUGACUGGGAGCUCCCGCUCGAAGGCGAGGAAGACGAGCAGGACUUGCUCUUCGCCGAGAUGAGGAGGAACUUGCGGGUCAUUGGCGAUGCGAUCGCCUGGAUCGACCCGCAGCUUUACGCCGAGGGCGUUCGGAGUAUCAUCCUCGAGACGCUCGACUUGUUUGACGCAGGCGGAGCGAACGACGGCAGGCUUACUUGGCAACGGAUCGAGCUGGCUCUCGCGAUGCUUUACGGUUUCGGCCAAGCCAUCUCCUCGACUGGCCCCGGCGCAUUCGUCCAGGUCCCGCUCGCCGAGAUCCAGCGCGCAAAACGCGAGGCCGACUACCGCAUCGACUACACCCAGUUCCCCCUCUCUCAGCUUGGCGAGAUGAUGCUCCGCGCGUGCCGAAGCAAGGUUGUCAACUUCCCCCACGCGGCUGUCUCGCUUCAGUUCUUUGAGGUUGUCGUCCGGUACCACGACUUCUUCCGCCUCUGUCCCGAGUUCAUCACCGAGAUUCUCCCCAGCUUCCUCGACGAGCACGGCCUGCACCAGUCAGAAGAAGCCGUCCAGGCACGCGUCUUCUACCUCUUCAGCCGCUUCAUCUACCAGGCCAAGAGCAUCGUGCAGUCACAGGUCUCGGGUGACCUCGUUCGCUCGAUCCUAACCGGCAUGCAGGACCUGCUCGUUGUCAACGCCGCCCUUCCCGACUCUGAGCCUCCUACCGAAGCCAUUCUCACCAAAGCCGCCAGCACCUCCUCCUUCUUCGACUCGCAACUCUACCUCUUCGAGACUGUCGGCACCCUCAUCUCCAUCCUCAACCAGAUCCCGGACCAACAGGUCGUCCUUCUCAAAGCGAUCCUCGACCCGCUUCUCGCCGACCUUCAGGCCAACGUUCGCCCGUCAGCAACGAGUCCCGAAGAUCUAAACGCCGUCUUCAAGGCGCAUCACCUCAUCAUGGCUGCCGCUUCAGUCGCGAAGGGCUUCCCCGAUCUUUCAGCCCGCGUGCCCGUCGCGCAGGGCGCUUGGGUCGACGCCUUCCGCUCGGCGACAGAAACCAUUCUCGGCGCGGCGAAGGUCAUGACGAGCUUCGGCGUCAUACGCGACGCCGCCAGGUUCGCCUUCAACCGGAUCGUCGCGACUACUGGCCAGGCCGUCCUUCCCCUCAUCCCUACCUUCAUCGACUGCCUUGUCGGCGAGAUCACCUUCCCGGAGCUGGCAGAACUUCUCAGCUUCCUCGGCCUCCUCGUCGCCAAGUACAGGACCAACUUCCUCGACAUGCUCGACACCCUCCUCCUCCCCGUCUUCAACCGCGUCUUCCACUUCCUCUCGCAGCCCAUCUCGGGCACCGACGACAUGAUCCAGCACUCGGAGCUUCGUCGGGCCUACUUCAACUUCAUCCUGUCGAUCGUCAGCGUCAAUCUGCAGGAGGUGUUCUACUCCGAGAAGAACAAGGCGCACCUCCAGUCGAUCCUGCAGUCCAUCACGCACUACAUCGCGACCGACUCGCUCGCGCCCGAUCAGCGCUACGGUUUCGGCGUGCUCAACAAGCUCCUCCAGAUGUGGCUUGAGACGUACCGCCCACCGACCGCCCCGCCUGUUGCGAACGGCGCGCCGCCUUCGCCUGUCCCCGGCUUCGAGCAGUUCCUGUACGAGCGAGCAGUCCCGCUCUGCUUCCAGCUUCCGUUGAAACCGGAGUUCGACUACUCGGACGCCCAAAGCUUCCAGGUUAUCGGCGAGAUCGCCAACCUGCUCAAGGGUCUGCUGCAGAAGCGCGGAAACGAGUUCGUCGAGUUCAUGACGACUCAGUUCUUCCCGAGCAUCUCGUGCCCGCCCGAAACCGCCGCGCAAUUCAUGACUGCCUUGCAAGAAGCUCCCGACGGCAAACAAUUCAAGAAGUUCCUUGGCGAGUGGUUCCGCACAAGCCGUGGUCCCGCCCGAUGA